AGAUUUAAAAUGGAAGUUUAUGAGAUAAGUUACUGACAGCUUGUCUCUGUGAGCUGAUGGAGGGAUGUAGGAGCGUGAUGGCAGGCCUGUCUGAGAACAUGUUGACCGUCAGCAUGUUACUGAAUGUCUUCUUCUUCUCAGGAGUUCAGUCUGCCUGUGACAAGGAACCAGCCCUCAGCAUUACUGCACCAGAGGAGAUGGAAGCUCUGAGUGGAUGCUGUUUGCUAAUCCCAUGUAGCUUUAGAGAGACACUGGGAGAAAUUUUUGAUGGUAGAAGAAAAACACUUGGAGUUUGGAUAAAAAGUAAUGUCGAGUUGAAAGAUAAGAAAUUUAACGUGAUCUACAACAGCAGUAAUCCAACAAACAGCUAUAACAUGAACAUUACUGGAAACCUGAAAAAGAGGAACUGCACCACUGUGUUUUUUAAUGUAAACUCAAGUCAAACAGAGAAAUACUUCUUCAGGAUUGAGAAUGGGUGGUUCAAAGCAACAGCUUCCUGUCAUCCUGUUAAUAUAACAGUUAGAGAUUCAGCUUGGAGCCCCAGGAUUGAAAUCUCAGGUGAUGUGAAGGAGAAGGACUCUGUCACCAUAACCUGCUCAGCUCUCACUCCCUGUCCACAAUCACCUCCUGAACUCACCUGGAAUCUCCAACCAGACUCUCCCAGACAGAUAGAGGAGAACACAGAUGGAACGUUUAGAACUAAAAUCCAGCAGAUCAUCACUCUGUCAGACACACAUGAUGGAUACAACAUCAUCUGUUCUGUCAGAUAUCCUGUGGAUGGAGGAAAACACAGCAAGACAGCAAAGACAGAAGUGACUGAGUGUUUCCUUGCAGCACCCAUCAGUCCAUCAGCAGAUAGCUGGGUGUACCUGAACUGCUCCAGCAGAGCCAAGCCUCCCAUCAGCUGCUUCACCUGGUUCAAGAAGAGCAAACAUGGAGCCAUGAAAGUAGCUGAAGGACACGUCAGGUUAAGCAUCUCUGAGGGAGGAAUUCACUGCUGUGAGGCCAAGACUGAAGCCCCUGCGAUUGACCUGUCAAUCACCCGCAAAAAGUCUGCGUUGUGGCGGGAGGUGGAUCCAGAACAAGCAGACGAUAACAACAGAGUGAUUGAGAUCCAAGCUUCAUGA